ACUGUGCAACGUCUAUUAAAAGGUGAAAUUAAUGUCAAUGAUAAAGACAUUGAUAGAAGAACAUCGUUACAUUACACUGUUAGCAAUGGAUGGGUAAAUAUUGUGAACAUCUUAUUAAAAACUGGAGCUGAUGUUACCCAAGCAACUAAUAAAAAUAAUACACCGUUACACAUUGCUACUUCUAAAGGUUACAAAGAAAUUGUCGAGGUUUUGUUACAACAUGUGAGUCGUGAUAAAUUAGAUGACUUUAUUAAUGCUAAAACCGCUGCUAGCGGUAGUACAUCACUUCACAUUGCAGCCAGCAAUGGUUACUUAGAGAUUGUCAAAUCUUUAAUGAAGUAUGGUGCAACCUAUAAUAUUGAGAAUAAAGAAGGUAAGACACCUCUCAAUCUUUCCAAAUACUAGAGUGUUACUGAUUUGCUGCAACUUGUUGAAGAGUUAUUUGAAGACGCAAAAAAA